CCCAAUGCCGCACAAACCCUAGUGCCCCCACUCCCAAUCUCGCGCGGCGGCCAUGGGAAACUGCUGCCGCUCGCCGGCCGCCGCGGCGCGGGAAGACGUCAAGUCGUCGCACUUCCCGGCCUCCGCCGGCGGGAAGAAGAAGCCCCACCAGCAGGCGCGGAACGGCGGCCCCGGCUCCGGGGAGAAGAAGCGUCUGUCGGUGCUCGGGGAGGAGGGGUGCGACGUGGGCGCCGGCGGGAUCGAGGAGAAGUACGCGCUGGACCGGGAGCUGGGGCGCGGCGAGUUCGGGGUGACGUACCUGUGCAUGGACCGGGGCACGCGGGAGCUGCUGGCCUGCAAGUCCAUCUCCAAGCGGAAGCUGCGGACCCCCGUCGACGUGGAGGACGUGCGCCGGGAGGUGGCCAUCAUGCGGCACCUGCCCAGGAGCCCCAGCAUCGUGUCCCUGCGGGAGGCGUGCGAGGACGACGGCGCCGUGCACCUCGUCAUGGAGCUCUGCGAGGGCGGGGAGCUCUUCGACCGCAUCGUCGCCAGGGGCCACUACACGGAGCGCGCGGCGGCCGCGGUCACGCGCACCAUCGUCGAGGUCGUCCAGCUCUGCCACCGCCACGGCGUCAUGCACCGGGACCUCAAGCCCGAGAACUUCCUCUUCGCCAACAAGAAGGAGAACUCGCCGCUCAAGGCCAUCGACUUUGGUCUCUCCAUCUUCUUCAAGCCCGGUGAAAAGUUUUCGGAAAUUGUGGGAAGUCCAUACUACAUGGCUCCUGAAGUCUUGAAGAGGAACUAUGGACCUGAAAUAGACAUAUGGAGCGCUGGUGUUAUCUUGUAUAUUUUGUUAUGUGGUGUUCCUCCGUUUUGGGCUGAGACUGAACAAGGAGUUGCACAAGCUAUUCUUCGGGGAAAUAUAGAUUUUAAGCGAGAACCCUGGCCCAAUGUUUCUGACAAUGCUAAAGAUCUUGUUCGGCAGAUGCUUCAACCUGAUCCAAAACUCAGGCUAACAGCAAAGCAAGUUCUUGAGCAUCCCUGGCUUCAAAAUGCUAAGAAAGCUCCAAAUGUUCCUCUUGGAGACAUUGUAAAGUCAAGGCUGAAACAGUUUUCAAGGAUGAACAGAUUCAAAAGAAAAGCUCUAAGGGUUAUUGCUGAUCACUUGUCAGCUGAAGAGGUUGAGGACAUAAAGGAUAUGUUCAAGGUGAUGGAUACUGAUAAUGAUGGCAUAGUUUCUUAUGAAGAGUUAAAGAGUGGGAUUGCAAAAUUUGGUUCUCAUCUUGCAGAAUCAGAAGUGCAAAUGCUUAUUGAAGCUGUGGAUACAAAUGGUAGAGGAGCACUAGAUUAUGGUGAAUUUUUGGCCGUCUCACUUCAUUUACAAAGGAUGGCAAACGAUGAGCACCUUCGGCGGGCCUUCCUAUUUUUCGACAAGGAUGGCAAUGGUUUCAUUGAGCCUGAGGAGCUUCAGGAAGCCCUGAUGGAGGACGGGGGAGCUGAUACCAUGGACGUGGUCAAUGACAUAUUGCAAGAAGUUGACACAGAUAAGGAUGGUAAAAUUAGCUACGAAGAAUUUGUAGCGAUGAUGAAGACUGGAACAGAUUGGAGGAAGGCGUCGCGGCAUUAUUCAAGAGGGCGCUUCAAUAGCCUUAGCAUAAAGCUUAUAAAAGAUGGGUCUGUAAAACUGGGUAGCGAGUGAGGUUGUAGCUUGCUGCCGAUGCUCUUCUCCACGCAUUGUAGUCUGCCUCUCGGGCCCGCUAAGCAGAAACCCCCUUCCGUUUGCUAAUGAUUAUUUUGUCUGGGAUUUAGGUAGUUGGAGCCUCCCUGAUUGGUUUACUCGUGUAAUUAGUAGCCCUUUUCAGUAUCGCUGAGGAGCAUCUGCUGUAGGAUGCACGCCUGCCUCCGUCUGUCUGCUCAUCUCCUCCGGUGUACCCGUCGCUCAAAUGGAAGUGUUGUAAAAUGUUUUGGUGUUGACCUCAAAUGCAAUUUGCUGGUUUCGUGUACU